ACACGGGAGCACUGCGACUUGUGGAGGCAGAAAGGCAGGACACCAAAUAGACUGCAAUGUUUAUUUUUGCACAAAGAUAACCAAUAAUGUAAACAUUACGAAAAAAAUGAGCGUCUGUGAUACAGAAGCAGAAGACACAGUGGUUUACUUUGCCGUGAAAUUAACUUUUAAUAUUAUUUUUGAACGUCGUGACAAAUGCAGCAGGCUGGAGAUCUGCCAUCAAUGAGUAAUUUGCUUCCUAACAUUAUGUAUUUAAGUAGAAGUCUGAGCAAAGUAUCAGCAUUUCACAUCUGUCAUUUCCACAACCAGUUACGUGGCUGCAAAUUGUCGCGGGUGUUGAGGGACAGAUGAUUAUCGAGAAUCACACCGGAACGCCAAUAGUACAAGAAGCACUUUUGAGCAUGAUGGAGAACUUCUUAAAAGAUGUCAACAUAUGGACAGUGAACGGUACAUGGGUCAAUUCAACUUCAGGAAACGAAACGGUAAAUGGAAAUUCAAGCGUGAAUCCGUUAAAACGGAAUGAGGAGGUUGCUAAAGUGGAGGUGACCGUGUUGGUCCUUAUCUUGGUUUUCGCUUUGGCCGGGAAUUUCUUCGUACUUUUGGCCAUCCACACCAGCAAACGCAGCAAAUCAAGGAUGUAUUACUUCAUGAAGCACCUGAGUAUCGCUGACCUGGUGGUUGCUAUCUUCCAGGUGCUCCCUCAGCUCAUUUGGGAUAUCACCUUCCGCUUCUAUGGGCCGGACUUUCUCUGCCGGCUGGUGAAAUAUCUGCAGGUAGUUGGCAUGUUCGCAUCGACUUAUAUGCUUGUGCUGAUGUCGAUUGACAGAUGCCUGGCGAUCUGUCAGCCACUCCGCUCUCUGCAUCAGAGGAAAGACUGCUACUAUGUGAUCGCCACAUGGGUGCUGAGUCUCCUCUUCAGCAUACCUCAGGUCCACAUCUUCUCCCUAAAGGAUGUGGGAAACGGGGUCUUUGACUGCUGGGGGGACUUCGUGCAGCCGUGGGGUGCUAAGGCUUACAUCACGUGGAUUAGUCUGACUAUUUACAUCUGCCCUGUAACAAUAUUAAGUGUUUGUUACGGAAUGAUAAGCUUUAAAAUCUGGCAGAACUUCAGACUGAAGACAAGGCGCGAGCAAUGCAUCUCCCUCACACCAAGAGCCUCCAAAGGGAGCGCGCUCACCCGCGUCAGCAGCGUUAAGCUCAUUUCAAAAGCCAAAAUUAGAACUGUUAAAAUGACUUUUGUAAUCGUUGUAUUAUAUAUCAUUUGCUGGACACCGUUUUUCUUCGUCCAGAUGUGGUCAGCGUGGGACCCAGACGCACCUAGAGAAGCUCUUCCUUUUAUCAUUGCCAUGCUCCUGGCUAGUCUCAACAGCUGCUGCAACCCGUGGAUUUACCUGUUCUUUGCCGGCCACCUGUUCCACGACCUGAUGCGCCGCUGUCUGCGCGUGCCGCCCUGCCACUGUGAGCGGCGGCCCAGCCGCAAGAACACCUACGCCAGCUCCACCUACGUCAGCUCCACCGCCUGCGCCCUCAAGAGCACCGGCAGCCAAAGGAGCCUCACUCAGACCUCCACCACAUAAUGGGGCUGCACCGGCACUCCCUGGCCUGCCACUCCGACCAUGGGGACCUUGGAGAGCCGCUGCCCCUAAGGGUGGAGCGCAUUCCUCACACAGUUAAGCUCACAAAUCAGGAGGGGUUUCACAGACUAACUAACAACGCUGAAGAAAUACUGUGUUCAAAGCAACAUGAAAUAUUAUAUUCGAGGCAACAAGAAAGACUGUUCAAAGCCACAAGAAAUGCUAUGUUCAAAGCAACAAGUAGACCUGUUUUCUGAUGGUCAAUGAGGACCGUUAAUGUUGACAGAUGAACACCUCUGGCUACUGUUCAUGAAAAUGUGUCCAACGCAAGACCGCACUCCAGAAGAGUAGGUGGCAGAAGUGAGACGCUGAAGAUGGCUUAGUGCCAAGAUUCAUCCGUCUUUCGAUACGCUCCCUUGAGAGUGAGGUUCUUUUUUAUUAUCAUAGUCAUUCUUAACUUGCACCUAAAGACAGUUCAAUUUGGAGUUGGGCGUGCCUGCUUCCUUGGUAGAAGUGAUUUGCUUCUCAUCAAUGUAUAGAAAUGUAUAGUUUCACAAGCCAGACUUGACUAUUGGCAUCACAUCUUUCCCAUAUAGUAUCAUGAAGCUAGAAUUAAUACCGUUUCAAAGCAUAUUCUACUAUAUUUGAUGAAUGUCACCACUGCUUUCAGUAGAGCAAAUGACUUGAAAUAUGAGAUUAACUAAUGGGCAGGGUUGGGGAGUAACUAGUUACAUGUAACAGAGUUACGUAAUUAAUUACAAAGGGAUUACAUCCGAAUACAUUCUUUUUGGUAAAAAGCCUUAAAACUUAUAUGUAGAAUGUCACAUUCAUUCUUUUGCUUUGCAUGUUUUCGCCGUCUAGACAGGCUCCAUUCAUUUGGCAGUAUACACUCACAUUUGGAGCUUUGUCUUUUAAAUUGGUGCCAAGCCUUUCGUCUGCCAAACAAAAAGACAGGCUCCAUUCAUUUGGCAGUAUACACAAAAAUUUAGAGCAUUUUCUUUUUAAAUGGUGCCAUGCCUUUCGUCUGCCAAUCAAAAAGUAAUUGAGAGUAAUUAGAUGUAAUACGUUACAUUACUUAGAUAAAGUAAUUAAAAAAAGUUACAUGAUUUAUUACAUUUUUAACAGGGUGACUUGUAAUCUGUAACCUAUUACAUUUAAAAAAUGGCCUUCCCAACCUUGCUUAUAUGAAUAGUGAUGUGCUAUUAACUGCGAUGAUGAUACAGCAGAAGAGAAUCCGGGCAGAAUCACCAAGGGAAGGAGUUUAUUUAUUUGUCAGUUGAAUUUCAAAAUGGUUAACCUUUGAACUGAUCGCACAUCCAACUGGGCUAAAGACUGCCUGCUGUAAACAGAAGGGACUUGUUGACCUAGAAAGAACACAACCAAGCACAGAGUGUGCCACAUACAUUUAUGUGAAAAUGAUCCAACUCUUUGAUUAUGCUCUGGUCCAGUUACCCUAAUUGCUGUUGUGGUGUAAAUAAAUGCUAACAAAAUGCUAACAUAAA